AUGGUCUUAAUUUGUAAAAAUAGCGAAGAACAAAUUGUUGAAAUGGCUGCUGCAAAACCGAAAGAACGUCAAUUCCAGGUUGUUCCUGUUCCCGGGAAAUUUACGCGGGGACGUUGGAAAUGUUGGGAUUAUAGGGAUGAAGUGAAGGAAAUUGGUGAAAUUCUCGAUUUUACGGAAAAGGAUAAAAGUGCUCCUCCUGGAGAAAUAAAAUUAUUCCAAAUGAUGGUCGUUGACGAGAAUCGUAUACAAUCAUCGCCAUCAUCACCAUCACGGCCAAGGUUUAUGCGAAUGACAUCUGUUGAGGAACUUGAUUCAAGUCUAACUUUAUUAACGAAUUGUUAUUCACCAAAAAAAUUCAAGCCAACAAGUUCAAUAUUGACAUCAUCACAAUACGCAAAUUUGAAAAGUGAUUGUUUCUCACCACCGUCAUCAGUACUUUGCUCAUCACUCAAUUCACCUGAUUUUAAAAAUCUUUUAUUAUCACCGACCUUAUCAGUUGAUAUUUACAAUAAUUUUAAUAAUCAGUCGUUAUCCUUUUUUGAUAAGAAUAAUAAUAGCAGUAACAAUCAUAAGAAUAAUGAUAAUAUUCGUAAUAAUAAUUAUAAUAAUAAUGAUGAAUACAAACUGAAUCAGUCGAAUGGUUCAGCACUAGUAAUCGCCACAGAUGAUUUGGUAAAGACUCAUUUAACGUUUGCCGUCCGAGAAGAAGUCGAUGUUCUUCGAUCAACUAUUGUUGAUUUGGAGGCUAAAGUUUGUUAUUUUAGAGAUUUUCUUCUUGUUUUCUUUUUCUUUUCAAUACGUGAUGAUGCAUGGUUUAUUUAUAAAUCAGUAAAACUGCUUAACUGUUCAUUUUUUUUUGUUAUAAACCAUUACUUUAAUUUGGUAAAGCAAAAUCAACAACCAUCAUUUUCGACAAAUAUUGCAAAAUCAUUUGAAACAAACUCGACUAUCGGAACUAAUGAUGCGACGCCAAAUCCUUCAGCAACAAAUCUCACUGGUUAA